GCGCCAAGUGCCGCAGCUCCAGGGCACGCGGCCCGCACGAGCAGCCCCCGUACGCCGGACCGCGGCGCGCGCCCACGCGUGUCCGUGCACCGUCCCGCACGCGCCGGCCGGCCAGCACCCGUCCCCUCCGGCCUCUCCUUGCCCGCUUCAAAGAUGGCGGCGACGGCGCCCCGCCCCCGCCAGGGAGCCCGGAAGCGGACGCGGGUCCGCGCCGAAUCGCUUCCCCCGGGCGGCGGGACACCGGCACCGGCAGCGCCGCAUGAGCAAGGCCUGGCGGCGCGGCAGGAUGGAGGGCGGCGAGCACGGGGAAGAGGCCGAAGCGGGCGGCGGGCACGGCUCCCACAAGAAGAAGCACAAGAAGCACAAGAAGAAGCACAAGAAGAAGCACCACCACGAGGUGGCGGGGCCGCCCCCCGAGCCCACCGCCGGGCUGCGCAAGCCCCAGCUCAAGCUCAAGAUCAAGCUCGGGGGGCAGAUCCUGGGCACCAAGAGCGUGCCGACCUUCACGGUGGUCCCCGAGGCACCGCGCUCGCCCUCCCCGCUGAUGGUGGCGGAUGAGGAAGAGGAGCCCACGGAGGGGGUGCCCAUCGAGCAGUACCGGGCCUGGCUGGAUGAGGACAGCAAUCUGGACCCGUCGCCCCUGCCAGACCUGGACUCAGAGAAUUGCUUUCCCAGCCGUGAGGAUGAUGAUGAAGAAGAGGAGCGCUGGCUUGAUGCCCUUGAAAAGGGCGAGCUGGACGAUAAUGGGGAGCUCAAGAAGGAGGUGGACGAGUCACUACUGACAGCGCGACAGAAAGCCCUCCUGCACAAGCAGCAGAGCCAGCCACUGCUGGAGCUGCCCAUGGGCUACAAGGCAAAGGAGCUGACAGAGGAGAUGCUGGUGAAGCGAGAGGAGAGGGCCCGCAAGCGGCGCCUGCAGGCGGCCAAGAAGGCAGAGGAGAACAAGAACCAGACCAUCGAGCGCCUGACUAAGACCAACAAGGCCAAGGUGAAGACGCUGCGGGAGCGCAGAGCCAAGCAGGCCUCCUGCCCCGUCGUUCACUACUGCAAUGCCACCGACCGCAUCACCGUCUCCUUCCCGGCAGGCAUGGCCCUGCCGCUGCUGCCCACCCCGGCCCCCACUGUGCCCACACCUGUCCUCUGCGGCGUUGCUGGCUGCUCCAACCACAAGCGCUAUGCCUGCUCCCGCACUGGCCUGCCGCUCUGCAGCCUGGCCUGCUACAGGAGGAAUCUUCAGCUGCAGGAGGCAGUGGCCUAGGGGCCGGGGGCAAGCGGGGGGCAGCAGCCCCCCCGCCAUGGACAGAGGGGGCCGGGGCUGUGAGGUGGCCCCAGAGGUGACUGUGGGGGUCCUGGGAGGCAGGGGUAUCCCAGGUGGGGCUGGUCCCGGGGCGGGUCCCUUGGUGGCACCGCCACCCGGUGCUGCAGGGUUUAUUAAAGGUGGUUGGUGUCGGA